AUGACUGUGUGGGGACAAAGAGGUCCUCAAAGUGGGGCUGGGCACAGCCUUUGUCCCCAGCUUUCUGGACUUCACCUUUUCUCCUUGCAGAUGAACCUUCUCAGCCAGAUGAGCACCCUGGUGCAGACCCUGCAAGCCCCAGCUGGGCUCUUCCUGCAGCCCUGGCGCUGGCUGAGCUCCUGGGUGAUCAGCUCCAAGCAGGUAUGUGCCAGCGUUGCCUUCGUGUCCCGCACCUCCCAUCUCACCCCUGCCUCAGCAGGGCCAACCCCAGCAGGCCCUGCCUUUUCCUCAGCACCCACGGGGGCUCAGCACUUCGAGGAGGUGGCCCCUUCUCGGAGUGAUUCCCCAUCCCUGGAGACCCGAGCCCAAAGUCCCCAGGACACUGGCGGCCCUGAAACACUGCCGGGUCUCCAGGCGGCGGCCGGGGCGACGAACACGGCGGCGUUCUUCCUCUGCGAGGCGCUGUUGGGCCAGCACUUUGAUGUGGUCCCCAAUGGGAUGGCCGAGCCCCAGCCCGGGGACCUCUUCCUCUUCCCUCUGACCUCUGGAGUCCCUGGCUGGUGGGGAGCCCACGCUGGUGUCUACUGUGGUGACGGAGAGAUCAUCCACCUGGAAGGCAGCUCGGGGACGUCCCCAUCGGGGAUUGUGGCCAAGCACGGCAAGAGUCACCUGCUGCGGACGCGGGGCCCGGCCAAGGUGCUGCGGAGGAAGGGAGGGCUGGAUGCGGCCGCCCUGCAGCGACGCGUCCGGGCGGCCAUGCAGCAGGCGGUGGAGUACGACCUUGGCACCUGCAACUGCAUCCACUUUGCCCUCAGCCUGCUGGGGCUGGGUCACCUGGCUGGCACCAUGGUGGGUCCCACCGCCAGAGUGGGUGCCACCACCCCUAGGGACUUUGAUGCUCUCUCCAGUCACAUAGCACCACAGCCCAAUCUCCUCUGCCAGGUGUCCCCAGCACUGCAGUGAUGGAGGUGG